AUGCGGCCAGCCAGCCGGUGUGACAACAGCUCCCCCUUCCUCGUCCCUCUGGUCACCAGCUCGCCUGAUCAGUUUGAAACUCGCUCGGCCAUUCGCCAGACCUGGGGGAGCGAAUGACGGGUUGGUGGACCCAGGUCAGUCACCUAUUUCCUGUUGGGACACGGACGGGAGCGGCAGGACUGGAUCCUGCCCGAGGGCGCUCUACACCAGGACAUCAUCCAGGGAGAUUUCGAGGACACUUACUAUAACCUGACCCUCAAGGUGCUGUUUGGUCUGGAGUGGCUCUGCCGCUCCUGUCCCUCUGCCUCCUUCGUGAUGAAGACUGAUUCUGAGUUCAUUAACAUCGAAUAUUUGAUGGAACUCCUGUCCCGGUCAUCCGCAGCAAUCUACACUGGGUUAAUUGUGAAAGGCGCCAGACCUUUCCGCGACACGUCUAGCAAGUGGUAUGUCAGCAAGGAGGAGUACCCCAGAGAGGCGUACCCACCUUACUGUUCCGGCAUCGGGUACGUCCUCUCCACUGACCUGGCCUGUCGUGUGUGGAACUUCUCCGGGAGGAGGCCUUUGCUCAAAGUCGAGGAUGUUUACGUAGGGCUGCGCGUGGCGGAGCUGCAGGUCGAUCCGGUGGAAAUCCACACCCGACCUGUAUUCUUCGGUGACAGGGUAGCGUUCUCCAUCUGCUCCUACAGACAGCUCGUCACCUCUCACGCUGUCAGAAGCUCCGAGCUGCUGAUCUACUGGAGAGGACUGCAGGAGUCGGCCGCUGAGAAAUGCCCCUGA